AAGCAAAGGGUGAAGCUAAGGACAGAUGUGUACGAUUUAGAGGGGUUUGCAACAGUGAUAGGAGUAGUUUUUGAGGCCUGGUUAACAUGGGCAGACAAUAUCAGGAAAAUAGAGGGAAAAUGCUGAAGUAAUGAAUGUGAUAAGAUGUGUGGCUGGUGUGUGCCUUUGAUAAGAUCUGUGUUAGAUUACAACUUUAUAGCAUCUGGAUCAGCAGCCAAAUAUCAUGUUGGGAACUUAGAUGGAAUUCAGGCACAGACAAGAGGAGUAUGCAGCACUUAAUGGAACACAUUCUAGGACAUUUCUAUACAACACAUAUAUAUUAAAUGUGGGAGAUGGCCAAUUGUACAUUUUCUUUAAUUGGGCAGUUUUCUGGUAUUUUCCCCAUCAUUCUGUCAACCUAAAAUCCCACUGCUUAUGUAUAUUUUAUGGUUAGGGGGUAAAUUUGUAUGUUUUUUGAUUAUUUAGUCAAAUGUGCCUCAACAUGAAACAAACAUCUGAAUAAAAAUGAUUACGUUCAAUUCAUUUUAGACCAUAAAUACCAAAAUCAAUUUAUCAAGCAGCACAGUAUUCGUGUGCUAGUACCAGCAAACCAGUCCAUUUCUUUCCACUGGCAGUUAAAUGCUCCAUGAACACAAACAUAACAAAAACUUAUUGCAAAAUUAGUCCGAACCCCCAUUGAUUGAGCGUAGAACCCUAGUGCAGCCUAGUGUGUGUACACAGACAAUAACAUCACUAUUGCACACAAUAUUUGGCUCUUAAAACUACUUCAAAAGUAAAACAAAAAAUGCUGGCGCACCGGUCACUCUUCUACACUUAGCCCAUAGGCCCACAUCAUCACUAAGGUACACUAUCAGGGUAUUGAUGAGUGAUAAAAUGAAAGGUUGGACCAUUGAACACUCAAAUAAUACGAAUUAUAAUCAAUUGUCCGAGUGUCACUCCGCAGCAGCAGGGGGCGCUCGUGCUUCAUUAAGCUGCACGACACCCGCCGUAAAACCAGAAGAACCAGGAUCAGUUGUCUCAAAAAUAAGAAAGAGAGAAUCCACACGUCCAACUAUGUCCCGGUUGUUUUCGCCAAAUGGCGUUUGUGCCAAAUGUCCGCUGCUAGCGGCGCGCGGGCCUCCUCCGUUGGCGUCGCGAGCGAAGCCGCCGCGGUUCCGAAAGAGCGCUUUCAGUCACCAGCAAACACGCUGCGCCGCGAGGUCGAGCACGACGUUUUUUAAACACACGUCAAAGUCCACCAUGUGGAUACGCGGGGUCGCGGCGGCGGGCGUCGCUGUGGCCCUGGGACUGAAAUACCGAAAAGACGCCGCCAGCGGCUCCUGUUGCGACGCAACGGCGGAGGACGCGUGCAGGACCGAGCGAUACGGCGGUGCCAUAAAGGCGAGCAGGGAGCUUGUGGAGAGGAUAAAGGUAAGCGAACAGGCGGAGGUCGGGGCUCCGGGGCUGGUGGUCGGAGUCUCUGUGGAUGGGGCGGAAGUCUGGAGCGAAGGGAUCGGCUACGCCGACUUGGAGAACCGGGUGCCGUGCGGCCCAGAGACCGUGAUGCGCAUCGCCAGCAUCAGUAAGCCCCUCACAUCUGCAGCCGCUGCACGACUCUGCGAGGAGGGGAAGCUGGAACUUGACGUCCCGGUCCAGAAAUACGUCCCCGAAUUUCCCCAGAAGCGCUUUAACGGACACGACGUCACAAUAACCCUGCGCAUGAUUCUGUCCCACCUGAGUGGUAUACGCCAUUAUGAGAAGGACGCAAAGAAAGUGAAGGAGACCAGGGAGAAGGCCAAGCGUCUCUUAAAGCCGGCAAGGGGAGAGGAUGAAAAGAGUUCCUCCGAAAACAAAGCUCCACCUGCAACGGAACCAAACCCCACAGGCAAAGAAGGCACCCAGGAGAGGAAAAAGGAGUUUGAGCAUGAGGAAUACUACCUGAAAGACAACUUUGAAAGUGUCACGGAGGCCCUGGACCUCUUCAAGGACGACCCGCUCAUUUUCAAACCCGGCACCACUUUUCUGUACUCCACCCACGCCUUUACCCUGCUUAGUGCUGCCGUGGAGCGAGCUGCUGGGCAACACUUCCUGGACGUCAUGAUGGCCAUGUUCCACGAGUUGGGGAUGCUUAAUACUGUGCCCGACAAGAACGACCCUAUUAUUUACCACCGCUCAAGAUUUUAUCAACUCAACAAGAGAGGGCGCGUCGUCAACUGUCCGUAUGUGGACAACUCCUACAAGUGGGCGGGAGGCGGCUUCCUCUCCACGGUGGGCGACUUGCUGCUGUUCGGUAACGCCCUGCUCUACAGCUACCAAGUGGCCCACCUGAAGGACGCCGGGGGCUUCCUCCCCGGCUUCCUCGGGCCCCAAGCGGCGGUGGACCUCUGGUCCCCGGUUGACAGGACGGAGGCGAGCUGGGACAAGGACGGGCGUUACGCCCAAGGCUGGCUGGUGGUGGAGAAGCUGCAGCAGUACGGGCAGUGCAGGAAGCGGAGGCACUACGUGUCGCACACGGGAGGCGCCGUCGGGGCGAGCAGCGUCCUCCUGGUGCUACCCAGCGAGGGCCUGCAUGAGAACGACGGGCAGGUCCCCCGGGGAGUGGUCGUCACCAUCAUCACCAACAUGCAGUCGGUUGGGCUGAACAGCACAGCGCUGAAAAUUGCACAUGAGUUUGACACUGCCAGAAGCUUGUAAGAGAGAGUGGAAGCCAUGAAAGUUUGAUAUGGAUCUUUGCGACGUGAACUCCUCUUACUUUCCGUUGCAACGCCGACACGCUGACACUAGGUGGAGGCAAGUUGCCGUAAGUCAACACAUAGAAACAAGCCACUGAAUUAUGGCAUCAGUUUGUCGGCUUGAUGUCCUUACAUUUCACUCACAAUGGAAAGACGUUGGUCGUUUUUUUAAAGCUGCAUAAUAAACCGUGUCUCUACACCCCAUUUAGUGACUUUUAGGGUGCCUCGAACAGCUAUUUCCUCGUCUAUUAAUUAUCAAUAGGCUGACACUUUCACAAUGUAUCCACUGCUGAGCCGACUUUUAUGAUUUAUAUCGAGAUUGUUGGUGGUAAUUCACACUUAGUUUACACAUUGGAGGGGGCACGUGUUGGAGAAUACUUGAAAUCCUGUCAAAAGGAAGACACCCACAAACCUUCGGCUCUGUGGUCCAACAAGGACCGCGUUUAACU